AUGUCAAACCUUGCAAAAUUCGAAUUUGUUGCUCUUGAUAUUACUGAAAACAACUAUCUGUCUUGGGUGUUAGAUGUUGAAAUACAUUUAGAUGCAAAGGGACUUGGUGAUACUAUUAAAGAAAACAACACUGCAACAAGCCAAGAUAAGGCUAAAGCUAUGAUAUUCCUUUGCCAUCACCUUCAUGAAGGCCUUAAGACUGAGUACUUGACUGUUAAAGACCCACAAGUCCUUUGGAGUAAUCUAAAGGAAAGAAUUACAUCACAAUUGAAAUUAUGUGGAGAGAAAAUCACGGAUGCAGAAAUGUUAGAAAAAACAUACUCUACUUUUCAUGCAAACAAUGUUGUCCUGCAGACACAAUACCGUGAAAAGGGUUUUACAAAAUUUUCUGAAUUAAUAUCUUGUCUCCUUGUGGCUGAGCAAAAUAAUGAAUUAUUAAUGAAAAAUCAUGAAUCACGCCUAACUGGCUCUACUCCAUUCCCUGAAGCGAAUGCGACAUCCCAUAGUGGGAAAGAGCAAAAGGCUAGAGAUCACGCCAGCAAUCGUGGUCAAGGUCGUGGUCGCGACCGUGGACGUGGACAUGAUCGUGGUCGAGGUGGUCAUUUUAGGAACUCAUACUCUCACCAGAAGUGGGACAAUAAAGAUGGAAAUAAGAAUGAGAAGGAUAAAAAUGAAAAUAUAUGCUACCGUUGUGGAGGAAAAGGCCAUUAG